UACUUUGGACAAGGGUGGACGUGGUAUACUUGGACUAAAGGGGGUGGCGGUGGACGUGGUAUACUUGGACAAAGGGGUGGCGGUGGACGUGGUAUACUUGGACAGAGGGGUGACGGUGGAUGUGGUAUACUUUAUACUAUACUUGGACAGAGGGGGGUGACGGUGGAUGUGGUAUACUUGGACAGAGGGGGUGGCGGUGGACGUGGUAUACUUGGACAGAGGGGUGGAGGUGGACGUGGUAUACUUGGACAGAGGGGUGGUGGUGGACGUGGUAUACUUGGACAGAGGGGUGGCGGUGGACGUGGUAUACUUGGACAGAAGGGUGGCUGUGGAUGUGGUAUACUUGGACAGAGGGGUGGCGGUGGAUGUGGUAUACUUGGACAGAGGGGUGGCGGGUGGACGUGGUAUACUUGGACAGAAGGGUGGCUGUGGAUGUGGUAUACUUGGACAGAGGGGUGGCGGUGGACGUGGUAUACUUGGACAGUGGCGGGGGUGGCACAGAGGGGUGGCUGUGGGAUGGAUGUGGUAUACUUGGACAGAGGGGUGGCGGUGGACGUGGUAUACUUGGACAGAAGGGUGGUGGUGGAUGUGGUAUACUUGGACAGAGGGGGGUGGCGGUGGACGUGGUAUACUUGGACAGAGGGGUGUCACAGAGGGGUGGCUGUGGACGUGGUAUACUUGGACAGAGGGGUGGCUGUGGGGGUGGCACAGAGGGGUGGCUGUGGAUGUGGUAUUACUUGGACAGAGGGGUGGCUGUGGAUGUGGUAUACUUGGACAGAGGGGUGGCACAGAGGGGUGGCUGUGGAUGUGGAUUAUACUUGGACAGAGGGGUGGCGGUGGACGUGUGGACAGAUGGCUGUGGGUAUACUU